UUUUUUUUGCUGCUGUAUUCUCAGAUGGAGGAUGUCGUCUACAUUUACUGGUUUCACUUUGGAAACCCAAGAGUAGAUCAUUCCGACGAAACUGAUUUAUCGAGUAAUCCUGUGCCUUUUGUGGCUUUUAAACUUUGUUCAUACACCAAAAAAAAAAAGUUGUCCUGCGUUCAAACUGUAUUUUAAGAAACAUUUUUCAUGUCAUUUUUUUUUUUCUCCUACACUCAGACAGGACAAGUUGGAACCAUAAUUAAGCUCUACUGGGGCGCAGCAUGCAAAAAUUGGAGGACUGAUGCAGAUCGCAGCAGCUGCAGGGAUGAACCGCUGGACCAGGGGAAGCGCUGGGAAUGCCAGUAAAUCGGACAGAAGUGGGCCUCACAGAGGGAGGCACGUGAUGCUGCUGUGGAUUAUCCUAUCCAGCUCGUUGUGCCUGAUGGUCGAAGGCCAGAUGAAGAUCUCACCAGAAACGGUGCAGCAGUGGGCUGUAUCCUUUGGCAAAGAGAUAGCUGCCCUGUCUGCCAGAUACUCUGGAGCUAAACUGCUGCAGAAGAAAUACAAGGAUAUCGAGGGUGUGGUGAAGAUGGUGGAGGUAGACGGAGAGGAGCUAGUGAAAAAGUUUGCUGAGGAGAUGGAGGAGAUGCUUGGGAGGAAGAUGAAAUCUGUGAAGAGGCUGGCAGAAGCAGCAGAGGAUGCUGACUUUUACCAUGAGUACAACGAAACGAUGCAGUUUGAAUACUAUAACUCCAUGCUGAUCAACACGGUGGAUGAGGAUGGGAAUCCACUGCCGCUGGGAGGUGAAUUCUUGCUGGAAGAAAAUGAACACUUCAAUAAAAUUCCAGUCAACACACAACAGAGUAACAUACAAGUCCCUACAAAUGUCUACAACAGAGAUCCAGAUAUUCUGAAUGGAGCGUACAUGUCCGAAGCUCUGAAUGAAGUUUUUGUUGACAACUUCCAGAAAGAUCCAACUCUCACCUGGCAGUAUUUUGGCAGCUCCACUGGCUUCUUCAGGCUGUACCCAGGGAUCCAAUGGAUUCCAGAUGAAAAUGGUGUGGUCACGUUUGAUUGCAGAAACAGAAACUGGUAUAUUCAGGCAGCCACUUCUCCCAAAGAUGUGGUAAUAGUGGUGGAUGUCAGUGGCAGUAUGAAGGGCCUCAGAAUGACCAUAGCCAAACACACCAUCAACACAAUCCUGGACACACUGGGAGAAAAUGAUUUUGUUAACAUCAUAGCUUACAGCGACUAUGUUCGGUACGUGGAGCCCUGUUUCAAGGGCAUGCUAGUACAAGCUGAUCUGGAUAACAGAGAGCAUUUCAAGCUUUUGGUUGAAGAGCUUCAUGUCAAAGGAGAGGGCAAAGUGAAACAUGCAAUGAAAGAAUCCUUUAAGAUCCUCAACGAGGCUGCAGCGCAGGGCCAGGGCAGCCUGUGUAACCAGGCCAUCAUGCUGAUAACAGACGGAGCCAUGGAGGACUUCCAGGAUGUUUUUGAAGAGUUCAACUGGCCAGAAAGACGGGUUCGUGUGUUCACCUAUCUUAUUGGACGGGAGAUGACAUUUGCUGAAAAUGUUAAAUGGAUUGCCUGCAACAAUAAGGGUUAUUACACACAUGUCUCCACACUGGCUGACGUCCAGGAAAACGUUAUGGAGUACCUCCAUGUUCUCAGCCGGCCAAUGGUCAUCAACCACGAUCAUGACAUCAUUUGGACGGAGGCCUAUAUGGACACUGUGCUGUUCAACAGUCAGUCCAAAGCUGCUCUGAUGACCUCGGUAGCCAUGCCUGUAUUCAGCAAGAAGAAAGAGACUUUGUCUCAUGGGAUUCUGCUGGGAGUGGUAGGAACUGAUGUGGCCUUGAAAGAACUGAUGAGAUUAGCACCGAGAUACAAGCUGGGUGUCCACGGUUAUGCAUUCCUCAUCACUAACAACGGCUAUAUCCUAUCUCAUCCUGACCUACGACCUCUGUAUAAGGAGGGGAAGAAGCUAAAGCCAAAACCCAACUAUAACAGUGUUGAUCUGUCAGAGGUGGAAUGGGAAGACACUGAGGAGAAACUGAGGACAGCCAUGAUUAAGGGAACUGGAACAAUGUCUUUAGAUGUGAGAACUUCAGUGGAUAAAGGGAGGAGAGUGAUGUUCCUGAAGAAUGAUUACUACUACACCAUCAUCAAUGAGACACCCUUCAGUCUGGGUAUAGUGUUGACUAGGGGAUAUGGGGUUAUCUUCAUCGGAAACGUCUCUAUUGAGGAGGGUCUCCAUGACUUAUUGGCUCCAGACCUAACCAUAGCCAACGAAUGGACCUACUGCGAGACAGACAUUGACCCGACCCAUCGUAAGCUGAGCCAGCUGCAGGCUGUGGUGCUGUACCUCACUGGUAAAGAACCAUCUGGAAU